AUGACCCUUAAACAGGAGGGCAAUAAAAGCGAAGACCAAUUGAAAUACCCACAACAAUUCCCACCAAAUAUUCAACAAUCUCAGUAUACCUUGCAACAACUGCCGCAACAACAAUCACAAUCACAACCACAACCACAACCACAACCACAAUCGUUCCAAUUUCAGCACUUACAACAACCUUUUCAGCGACAACCACAACUGCAGCAGCAGCAACAGCCGUCACAACCACAAUUUCAGCAAUCACUUUACUUUCAACGGCACCAGCCAAUGCUCCCCUCUAUUCUUUCGCAACAACAACAACAGCCGCAACAGACAGGUGUUCCACCACCAGAGCAACCACAUUUGUUGAACGACCUGUCAAUGAUUCCGAUUUUAAAAUCUUCCGACGAAAAUCAUGAUAAUGCUUCAAGUCGAAACUCUUCUGGUUUUCAAGGAGUACAGCAGUCGGUACUGAUGCGUAAAUCUAAAAGUGGCACCGAAGGAGGAAACGAAGACAAGGUCUGUCGGUUCUGCCACAAACAAUUUACCCACAAGGGGUCUCUUUUACGCCAUUUGGAAACUAGAAAAGGAGACUCUUGGCACCCCAUUGACGAAUGCAACUUUAUCAGAAACCAGCAUGCUCGGAGAAAAAGCUUCGAGAUUUCCUCAAUAGGCUACAAUUCUGGUGGUGGCACCACCACCUCAUUGGAGUCAUCACCUAUGGGUAGGUCGUCGUCACGAAAGAGGAGAGUGUCAAAGAAAAGCUUGGCUAGAUCUCAGAUGUCGAGUGAUUUAGCUAGUGGUCAAAAGGAGAAAAGCAAGCUCAGGCGAAAGUUGCGUGAUCGUAGAAUAAAGGCCAAAAUUAUCACCAAUGAAUGGCUCAUCAAUCAAUUUACGAAAAAGUCUAUGUCAGACUCAAGACAAACCAGUUCACCAACGACAUUUUGCCAUUUUAUUACAUUUUAUGUUCCCAUUAAGAAUUGGCCCUCACUUUCAACCCUGAUGCCAGAUAGUUCAUUGUAUGACGAAGUUUUGAGUCAGUUGCGUAAAAUGGAACAAGAAGACUUGACAACUUUGUUUAUACAGAGUAUGCAAGCUUAUGAGCAAUUAGAUCCGUCCGAGCGGAAAAGAAUUUGGCUUGAUGAAGUACAAAACUGUUUAAAUUCAUCUAUUAGUAAUUUCACAUUAUUUGACUUGAACAAUAUCAAAACUAUUAUUGAGAAACGCGAGCAACUUAUAUUUGAAGGAAUAUGUGCCAAUGACAAUUUAUCAGAAUUCGUCGAUGCUGAAGAAAACCCCACGUUGGAAGAGGAGGAAGAAGAGGAACGGGAAGAGGACGAGAUAGAAGCGUCGUCCUUGGCAGAAACUACACAGCCAACACAACAAUACCAACAACAAUAUCUACAUCAACAGCCACCAUUUAGCUAUACCCAACAACUGCAUCAUUCUCAUUCGCAGUCGUAUCAGCAACCACCAACAUCAGCACAUGCACAUUUACAACAACAACAACAGCAACAGCAACAGCAACAGCAGCAGCAACUGUCAUUACGUUCAAAUAGUUUACCACACAACACAUUUCUUCCACAUUUACCAAACAUCUCAAAUAACGAUUACAAUGACUUUAGUUCUUCUCAUUUCUUUUAA